AUGAAGAUGUUGCUUCUCAGGCUGAUUGUGACGCUGGUCGUGUGCUGGAUCGUUAAGUGUGAUCUGUUAGAUCUUUAUGUUCAGCACAUGGACGAGACCAUGAGAACGACGUUAUACAGAAAUAAACGACAUCCGAUGGAUCCUGUUUCUAGGAGAAUAAAGAGGAGUCUCGAGGAGGACAAACCGGUGUUCAGGUUUAAUUACUUCAAAAAGCAGCGAUUGAAUGUCGACGAAAAUUGGGUAAAGCAGUGGAAAGCUAAGAAUAAGAUCGUUCCUUAUAAAAACGACAUUUUGGAUUUUCCAAACAAACUGGAAGGAAACGUGAAUUCUGAUCAGCACGAGAUAUUCCCAGCACUGAAUUCAACAUACUCCGAAGGGACGUCGACAGUUCCCGAAGACGCUGCUGAAAAUUCGCAGUUGAAUGUCUCGCAGGUUCCAAUAACUGAGGAACGAGAGGAAACAUCGGAAGUUGGACUGAUAAUCGAGGAGAAUCAGAGCAACGAAGAGUUGACCAUCAAGGCUCUGGAAUUCGAAGAAUUUCCAGAAGAAAUGGAGAGCGAAGAUAACUCGCAGUUCGAGAUAAUCAGCGAAAACGAGCAGAUUAAUCCGAAUCCUUUUCGGCCCAGUUUUAAGAGAAAGCCAUGGGAUAGUCGGAUACCAAAGAAGUAUUUUCCGGAGAAGUCAGCGAAGGAAGCACAAAAGGCGAAGAACUACGUCAAGGACGAGGCAGCAGUGAGGUUCAGGAGAAAUGCAAAUGACUUAUCUAACGAAGGAAGAUGGAAUUUCACUAGAUACGAGAAGAUGGAUGAAAAUGGUACCGUAAUCCUCGAAUGGGAUCCUUCGGAUAAGGAGAAGAUAAUCUUUAGAGUCACCGGCGAAACCAGGGGUUACAUCGGCAUUGGUUUCAAUGAGAAGAUUAACAUGGAAGGCGCUGACAUCCUACUCAUCUGGAUAGAUGAUGCGACUAACCUGACCUAUGUAUUAGACUUGCACGGUGUCGAGAGGAAUGCUGCGCCGGUUAUUGACAUAUCGCAGGACGUCGAAGUGAUCAGCGGCACGCAAAACGGCAAUCGUACCGUUGUGACGUUUGCUAGGAAGUGGAAGACGUGCGACCAUCAGGAUUAUGAACUUACAAGCGACACCAUCAAAGUAUUGUGGGCUCUGCAUAAAGAAGAUCCCAUAUUAAACACAGCAGUAUGGCAUGGACAGACAAGAGGCGGUAAGACUCUGAGGCUAAAGACAGCUGCGGCACAUUCGCCACCGCAAGAAAAUAGUGAUAUACGACACUGGGAUGUGAAGUUAACUCGGUUUGAAGUAACCAAUACCACGAAUACUGUCUAUUGGUGCAAGAUCUUCAAACCCUCCCUGAACAAGAAACAUCACAUGAUAGGGUAUACACCACUCAUAGAGAAGGGCAACGAGGAUUUGGUUCAUCAUAUAAUUUUGUACGAGUGCACAUCGCCAAUGCUCGGCAAAUAUACCAGAAUGGCCGGCAAUCAUUGCUAUAUUUCAGCAGUGCCAAAGGAAUGGAACUCGUGUUUGCAACCCAUCCUCGCUUGGGCUCGUGGCAGUAAAGGGGAAUGGAUGCCAGAACAUGUUGGUAUACCAAUAGCGGAACAAAGCGAGAACUCGUAUUAUAUGCUGGAAGUCCACUAUAAUAAUCCGAUGUUAAAAAACGUGAAUGACAGCAGCGGCGUAAGACUUCAUUUGACUGAGAAGCUUCGUCCUCAGGAAGCUGGUAUUCUGGUGACCGGCGUGGCAGUGAGCCCUCUUCAUCUAAUACCUCCGCAGCGAAAGGAGUACGCAACUGUCGGAUAUUGUACUUCAGCGUGUACUCAGACAAUGUUUCCUGAAGAUGGUAUCAACAUCGUAUCGGUUGUCUUGCAUUCGCACUUGGCUGGUCGACGUCUCGGUCUGAAGCACAUUCGAAAAGGUAAAGAGCUGCCGAGGAUAGUCCAGGACAAUCACUACGAUUUCGACUACCAGCAGUCUUAUACUCUGGAAAAAGAAGUGAAAGUAUUGCCUGGAGAUGAGUUAGCCGCGGAAUGCAUUUACGGUACUCUGGAUAGGAAGAAACCAACUUUUGGGGGCUACGCAGUUACCCAGGAAAUGUGUCUAGCAUUCGCUGUUUAUUAUCCCAAAACACCUCUUGCCGCCUGUUACAGUAUGACGCCCGUUAAGCAUCUUUUCAAGAUUCUGGCUGUAACAAACUUCCGGGGAAUGACGAUGGAUUACUUGGAAACACUAUUCCUAACGAAUGGGUCUGAAUUGAUUUCGCCUUCAACCAAACAGCUUCCUAGUCAUUCGAAAUCAACUGAUGAGAUUGAUGAGACUAUCAUUAAAGAAGCUAAGUCUGCAUUAAUAGCGAUGAAAGAUCACAUAGAAGAGAGUGAGGACGAUAACAUCUUCACGCGACUCAUCAUUGAGGAUCCCAUAGAAUUUCGAGGUCGUACUUUUGCCGAACAUAUGAUGCUAAUGCAGUGGAAAGAUGAUUUGUUAGCGAAACCUGUAGAAUAUAAUUUGUAUCAUGGCGAACAUAUGACAUUCUGCAGAAAGAGGGACGACCAAUUAGUACUGCGGCCAAAUAUUCUGAACUUCCCGAAUUACACGGCAUUACCGGAAAUAAACACUUGCGAACUUAAGUCUGGCUCCUCCAAAGUUUUCUACAUCCGUUGGAUAAACCUGGUCAUUAUAGUCAUCGCAUCGAUCGCUAUAUUAUAAGAAGCCUCAAAUGAACAAUUAACGACAGUCAAAGGCGACGUGAUAAACGCAUUUCGCAUUGUUAAUUAACGCGAAUAUAAAUACAGGGUUUCCGUGAAUGUCUUCUGCAUAUUUUCAAAUUUGCAAGAUAAACCUGAUUAAUUUAUUAAUUUAAGUAAUUUUAUCUUAUAAGGCGAGCGCCCGAACGAGCACCGACCGCUUGAAACAAGUCAAGAUAUUCCUAAAGUUUUUGUCGA